AAAAUUUUGCCUGCCAUCGCACACACUUGUCCAAGGAUAGACUUCAUCACCCUGCUGCUGGCUGUUUCGAAGUCUGUUCGAGAGGGAUUUAUUGAACCCAGACCCAGGCUCAGACGGGUAGCUGGGAGAAGCACGCGACAUAAAGCAACUGCCAGGGGUCCUGCUGGUUCGGAUGGAAGCUCAGCUCAAGCAACAGUAACGAUACUCUAGGUCUGGGAAUUGUUUAUGCGUUUCGUUUUCUGGCAGAGAGUGGAGGUGAACUGAAAAUAAACUCCUCGCGUGGAGCUACAAACUCUCAUGGGGGCCAGCCAUAGUCGGCGGCAGCAGAAAAGAAACCCCACCAUUGGAGAAAAAUCGGCCGGUUCAAGUAUCGGUUGUAGUGGUGACGAUAGAAGCACGGUAGAGCACCAACCAUCAGUAGUCAGCUGGUCGGACACCGGAGAGGCCAAUGUAGAUCGGCAACAGCAGCGUGACGCCAACGAGCCAAGUUCCGCAAAUAGUAAUUUGGUUAUAACCAUUUGCAUGCUGAAGAUGGAGCAAAAUCAGGAGGAUGCUGCCGCCAACGUCAGUGAGAGCAAUGAAGUGACUGCGGUGCAACCGGAGUUGAGUGUAAGUUCGAGUAUAUCGACAGCUUCUCCGUCUAGCGACAUGGAGCCCGUCAAAUGUGGCUGUUACGAAAAUAAUAAUAGUGCGGUAAAUGCUUCUUCUAACAAUAACAACGGUAUCAGUGAGAAUAGAAGUUCUGUUGCGUCUUCUGCAAUGUCAAAAUCAGUGUUCAGUGCUAGUGAAGGCAACAACAAUAACAAUCAAAACCAAACUACUCAACCGACAUCGAAAUGUAGCUGUAAUUGCAAUAAAACAGACAGUGUCAACAACAAUAACGAAUUAACGAAUGCCAGUACACUUCCAGUGGCCGCCAGCGUGGCAAAUGAUGGUAUAAACAAUAACACUCUCAGCGCCAGUAGCGGUCAUUCCGAUACUGUUUUGAUCAAUGACCUUCUGAGCAAUCACCUCUUGCAUCACCACCAUCACCAUCACCACCAUCAUCACCAUUUGCCCUCCACGUGGCCGUCAUGUCCGACGUCUUCCUUCCUGGCUGCCGUGGCCACAACGACCACAUCGAACAGCUCGAUUCCCGUCACUGUGAUCUGUGAUAGCACGUCCAGUUCUUCUUCCGUCUCCACCCAGCAGCAGCAGCAGCAACAACAGCCCAUAAGUAACAACGCCACUGUCAUCAACCGUACUAUGCAACAGCAUCAGCAGCAGCUGCGUCAACAGCAGCAGCAAAUGUUGGCCAAUAGAGCCAACAACAACAGCAACAACAUUAGUAGCCAGCAAGGCCCAGUGAGUCCCAGUUUGAUGGUAACGUCCAGUGCCGUCUGUGAGAUGAGUGAUAAGUUGAGUGAUCUGAAAUUGAAUACUAGUAGUGAUGGGGGGCAAUCCAAUAAUACCAACAGCAACAAAAGUGCCAAUGUUAGCGAAGAGCAUCCCUUCAGUGUGGGGGAAUGUCCUCGAUGCGUUGUGGCUGGUGCGAUUGGCUCGACGGCCCAACGAAGCAGCAGCACCCAGGAGACCGCUUCUGGCAUCUUCACGGCCAAGGAGGAAAAGAUACUGAACACAGUGUCAAUGGGCGCAACGGGUGGCGAAUCCAAUGUUCCAGAAUCGGCAGAGGUCAAAGGUAGUACUGGAGCAGCAGCGAUGACAAACUCCACGAGCUGUUGCCGACAGCCAGCUGCUGCAGCAUCAUCAUCGGCAUCUUUACUAACGAAGACGUCGACAUCGACGACGACGCCGACGACGAUGACCCAACAACAAAGCCAGCAUCCAAUGACAGCGGCGGCCUCAACGCUGCUUAGUUCGUUAACGUCCUCCGGGAAGAAGUCACGUGGCUGCAAAUGCUGCCGUAGUUCACAGUGUACCAAAGAGCAACAACAAAACAACAACGGUAACAACGGUUCAAAACCAAUCAACUCUAGCAGCAACAGCACAUCCCCCGGAACGGCCACCGGAACGAAAUCCAAGAAAAGUAACUGGGGUCUCAAAUUCAACUGCGCCAAACUUCGCGGUACCAAAUCCAAUCAAGCAACGUCGUCGUCAUCUACAACUUCUACCAGUGGCAAUAUUAGCAGCAGCAGCAGUAGUGGUAAUUCAUCGGUAUCCGCACCUGUGCCACCACAGACGACACCAACCUCAUCGCUAACGGCAGCAACUGGUCCCGCGAAUAACAACAACAACAGUUCAUCAUCAUCAUCAUCGACAACAGCCGGUCCCGUUGGGCCUCCGACGUCGUCCACAACGUCAUCCAUCGUGGGGGGCGCCGCCAGUCGAUUGCUGAGAAGCGAAACUGAAAAGCCCGAAACCUGCAUUUGUACUUCAUAUCGAAGGGUGGAAGAUCUUCCUUCCACGGUGUCAUCCGCAAAUGGGUACCCAUUUUCGGCCAACUCGCUGAUGCACCUACACCAUCAUCACCAUGUUCUGGAAGGAUCUGGUGGACCUGGUGGCGGCGGCGGUGGACGUGGAGGAAUAGGAAUCCGAGUAGAAGUAGGAGUUAGCGGAAGCAGUGGCGGCUCCCUCUUUGGGCAGCCCGUGCAUCAACCACACUCGAACCACGCAUUUUUGUUCCCAUCGGCGGCAACCACGGCAAAUGGCCAUGCCCAUGAUCUGCACGCACAUCACCAUCCAGCCACGACCACAGUUAUUCAUCGGAUCGACCGGACAGCGGCUCAGGCUCUCUACGGCAGUCUGGGCACUCAUGGGGGUCACCACGGGGCAAACUCGGUUAUCGUCGUUUCCACUCCUGGCGUUUUCGAUAUCUCCAGGCUUAACAGCAGUGAUGACUUUUCCCUGGAAGACUGUGAUGAGCGAGCCCGAUUGCAGCGGGAGCUGGAAAUCCGUGAAGGCGUAGAUGCUCCACCCAACUUUACCCCGCGUGCAGCUUUACUUUCCGGUGGCACAAUUUCCACGCCUAACGGAGCGGUCAACGGGGCUGCCGUGGGUGCAGCAAAUGGAACCCUCGGGGGCGCCACCGGUCCACCCAACCAUCAGAUUGCGUUCGUGUGUACACCGGCAGAUUCCAACUCGGCACUGAGUUUGUUCCAGCGAGGACUGCUGCUGCCAAACAGCUUUGGUCAUUCGGACGAACUUCCACGGGUGCACUCACAGGUCGACUUCAUUCACUGUCUCGUGCCGGAUCUGCAGAAGAUUACCAGCUGCUGCUUCUACUGGGGCAAGAUGGACCGGUACGAGGCGGAGAAGCUGCUGGAGGGCAAACCCGAGGGAACGUUCUUACUGCGUGACUCGGCCCAGGAGGAGUUCUUGUUCUCGGUGUCGUUCCGCAAGUACAGCCGCUCGCUGCACGCCCGCAUCGAACAGUUCAAUCACAAAUUCAGCUUUGAUUCGCGUGAUCCGGGCGUCUAUACGGCCUCAACGGUGACCGGUCUGUUGGAGCACUACAAGGACCCCUCGUGUGUGAUGUUUUUCGAGCCGAUGCUGACGUACCCGUUGAACCGGAACUUUAGCUUCUCGCUGCAGCAACUGUGCCGGGCCACGAUCGUUAGCAACACCACAUACGACGGUAUCAACGAGCUGAAUUUGCCCAAAUCGUUGAAAUCAUACCUGAAGGAAUACCACUAUCGGCAACGGGUGCGCAUCAGGCCGUUGGAUGAACAUCUCUAUUCCGGCAUCUAGUACCACGGUGUAGGACAGCCGGUGGUGGGAAUGAGUGUAGCAGGGACUCUCGCGGGAACUGGGAUACGGUGGGCAAAUGGCGGACGUCGAGAGGCAAGGCACGGCAGACGGGAUCGCAGAUCGCUUCGGCAGCGUUUGCUGGAUCGAAAGAACAACUAUUGGUCUGGUCUGGCCGAAAUGGACGACAGUUGGCCUAAUCUUGAAGGUCGGGGUUUUGUGGGGCGCGAUUUGAGCCAUUUGAUCGCUGCUGCUAUUGCCCAGGAAAGAGAGGAGCGGGAAGAGCAACGUCGUAUCCGAAUGGAAAAGAUUGUGCGGGGUUUGCUGUGCUGUUUUGGCGGUGGUUGAUUUGUAUUCACCUUUUCUGUACAAAAUCUGUAUUUCUUGUGUAUUGUAUCUUCCAUACAUCUGUAGCUUGGUAGGGAAUUUGUAUAUUAGAAAAAGGAUAUUAUCAUUUAUUUAUACGUAAUUCCGAUUCAUUGUUGUUAUUUAAGUUAUUCACAUCAUUAGAACAUGUUCGUCACCGUCUGUAAAUAUGUUAGAAUUGUUUCAAUCUUUUUCGUAUUUUAGUUAGUUAAAAAGUUUUUGUGUUAAAUGAAAAUGUAACUGCAUUUUUGAAUGUUGCAUUCAUUUGUGGGCAUGUCUGAAUAAAUUUCCUUCCUACAUUUAUUUAUUUGACUGAUUUAGCUAAAGCAUAUUCUGUACAGCAGACCCUAAGAUACGUUAAUAAUAAUACAUCGCAACUUUACAAAAAUGGUGCAGUAGCAAAUGAUAGCAACAAGACUAGCGAAUCUCAAAAUAGGAAAAAUGACGAUUGCAACCCAAAUUGAAGAUUGUAAAUUCCUGUAUUGGGCUUGAUGUACUCCAAAACACAUGUUAACUAAAAGUUGCUGUAAAUGUUGAAGCUUUACUACCUAAUCAAAAUUUGCUGUCUCCAGUUGCCAUAGACCUACUAACAGAAAACCACAAUCCAACCAUCUUCGAUUGGGUGGUUUCGAAUUUUGGCCGACCAUACCAUACAACUCACUGCUUGAACAGAUCCCAGUAUUCAAAGUUUUACAAAUACCUUUUAAACACAAAACGGAUAGGUCUCAUAAUAGAAAUAGUUUAAAAUUACACAAAAGUUCAAAUAACAUAAACAAAUAUUUCUAGCAGUCAGACAAAAUUACCAACCAGGACAAAAAUAGAAUAUAAUAACUAUAGUUAAUGACCAGAGCAAAAUAAAACUCCCAGUGAAAUAUUGAAAUCAAACAGGAAGAUUAACAUGUUCAAUUUAUUAUUACAAAUAAAAAAAAUCCACACACCCUCAAUAAGUUAAUAGUCGGCUGUAAGGGAGACAGACAGACAAAAAAGAAUUAAAAAAAAUCUCUAUUAAAAACUAACGAUAUGAAAACUAUAAAAUAUGAUAAUCAAAAGAAACACGAUGUGUCAGUCGAAUUGAUAAAUUGCAAAAAAAAGCAAAUGUAGUUUAAAACAAACUAAAUCUAACAGACUUAGAAGACUAGAUCAAAAACAAAAAAAAAGUGAAAUCAAACGAUAAGCAAGCAAGAUGGAUUCUGAAUCGGAACGUUGUUAGCAGGGAAAACUCUAACUAGUAAAAGAUUGAAACAAAUCGUUUUGGUAGCUUUAAAUAAUUAAAAAAGUAACGUAAACACAAAUUUCUGUGCAUAUAUUACUACUAUAAUGUAUAACGGACAGAGAGUAAUUAGACGAAUGUUGUUGGAAAACAGAGAAAAGUGUAUAGUGAAUGAAUUAAAAAAAAUCAAUAAAACACAUUUAUUAAAACUCA